AUGGCUACUACCAAACGCCAUUUCCCAUGCGAAGAAGAGGAUGAAUCAACUCGUCAGAAGAAAAAAGCAAAAGAAGAAGAAACUGUGUUGAAACAGCUUCCUUCAUCUUGCGUUGUUUUCAAUUCUGCUGAUUGUGACUUAGAUUUCAAUAUUGAAUGCAAUGGAGUUGUUGGAUAUGGCCUUAAUGAAGAAGGCUUUGGUUACUGUUGGUCUGGUGCUAGAGCUAAUGUUGGAAUAACAAAUGGUAGAUAUUGUUAUGGUUGCAUUGUUGUUUCUGCUCAACAUGUUGAUACGAAUGAUAUUGCUCCUGAUCAGCGACAUCUUUGUCGUCUUGGUGUUUCUAGAGGCAAUGAUGCUGUUGGAGCUCUUGGUGAGACUAAACAAAGCUUUGGUUUUGGUGGCACCGGCAAGUUUUCCAAUGCCGGAAAGUUUUUGAAUUAUGGUAAUAGUUUUGGUGUUGGUGAUACAAUAGUUUGUUGCGUUGAUCUUGAGAGUAAACCACUAGCUUCUAUUGGUUUCUCUAAGAAUGGUAAAUGGUUGGGUACUGCAUUUCAAUUUGAUGUCGCUUCUCUUGGUCUUGGAGCGGGUUCUUCUCUUUCCAAGGUUUCUCCUUGGGAAUGGCCACUGUUUCCGCAUGUUCUGUUGAAAAAUGUUGUGGUUCAAAUGCAGUUCAGUGUUGAACAAGGACUUGUUCCUCAUGGAGGGUUCAAACCUUGGGCUUUGGCUAUUGCAGAUGGAAAUGCAGUGAUGGGACCUUCUUUUUCUGACCCAAAGGAUUGUGAAUUGAUGAUGCUAGUGGGAUUACCAGCUUCAGGCAAGACUACAUGGGCUGAAAAAUGGGUGGAAGAUCAACCGCACAAGCGUUAUGUUUUGCUUGGCACAAACUUAAUCCUUGAACAGAUGAAGGUUCCUGGACUUCUGCGAAAAAACAACUAUGGUGAAAGGUUUGAUCGUUUAAUGGACAAGGCAACUUCAAUGUUCAAUGUAAUUUUGUCAAGGGCGGCUAAUAUACCUCGCAAUUAUAUAAUCGAUCAGACAAAUGUGUACAAAAAUGCACGCAAGCGUAAGCUUAAUCCAUUUGUCAAUUAUCAAAAGAUUGCUGUUGUUGUGUUCCCAAAGCCAGAAGAGCUCAAGAGACGAUCUGAAAAAAGAUUUAAAGAAAUGGGCAAAGAAGUUCCACCUGAUGCUUUGAAUAACAUGAUAGCUAAUUAUGUUCUUCCUAAAAGCAAGGAUUUGCCAUAUUCCGAUGAAUAUUUUGAUCAGGUUUUGUUUGUUGAACUGAACCGAGACGUGUCUCAGAAAUAUUUGGAUCAAAUGAAGCAAGAUACUUUGUCUCUCUCUAAUAACAACCCGUCAACAUUAUCGCAUAGAGGUUCUUCUCAGUCUUCUUCCAGACCUGCAUUGCAAAAUCAAGGAAGUUCAACAGGAAGUGGCAUUCACCAGUGGAGAGCUCAUUCUCCCAUCUCUCAAACCAACUAUAGGAUGCCUAGUCAAGUCAAUGCAGGUGGUCAUAUGAAUGAACCUCAGCUCAAUAUGAAUCCAUUGCAUGGAGGAUAUCCAAACAGUCAAAUUUCACAUGUUGCAAGAUCACCCUUUCCUUACGGACGCUAUUCCAAUGGUGAAGCAUCUUGUUUUUCUAGAGAUAAUGUUGGUUCCAGUAGAACUUGCGGUGACAUCGAACCAUACAGAAACUCUGUUUUGGGUGGCCAGUAUAGGCCAAGCACCGCAGGUAACAACAAUAUGGGUUUUCAUGGAACACCUUAUGUUGAAUACCGAGAGUCGCAGCCUUCCAAUCAUAGUACAUAUGAAAGAUCUUAUGUGGGAUACAGAGAUUUUCACCCUGACCCGCCUUCACCUGCACCAGCUACAUCUUUGCAUCCCCCGUAUGGGGAACCAACUCAAAGACCUCGAUAUGGUGGAUUACCUGAUAACACGCAGUAUUUAGGAAGAUAUGCUUCUCAAUAUCCAAAAUACUAG